UGCUGCACAAAAUUUGGAACAAAAAUUCUCGCAGUUGGGAAGCCCAGUCAUCCAUUUAUUAGUAUCACACCAACAACGGAUUGCUUAAAAUUUUCGCUCAUUUCUUAAGUAUAUGAUCAUCUGUGUGUCUAGCAAAACAUUCACCAUGUCGCUUGUAAAUAUCACUCAGUUUAUUGAAAAAGAGAGGCAGUCAGGAACUCCUAAUGAAUUCUGGAAGAGUGAAAAUAUUAGUGAGCACAGGGUUAAUACACAAUCUGUUUUUGACAAUUGUUUAACUGCUACUUCAUAUUUCGUUUCCGAUGACCAACGUUUUAAGAGUAUUUCCGAGAGUACCAAGAGUAAUGAAGGUACAAGAAAUGAUGGGAAUUUAACCGGAAACCUUGAAAAAGAUUUAGAGAGUAGUGCGAAUUGUUUUCCGUCUUGUGAUGAUCUAGACGAGACAGAUUAUUUUGAUAGUGAAGAUGAAUACUGGGAUUCUCUUAGAAGCAAAAACAUUGAGGAAGAGCUAUGUGCCUACUGUCUUUGCCAUCAUAUACCACGAAGCGUUGAAGAAAGCGAAUAUUGCCCUCUUGAAGAAGUUUAUGAUAUGUAUCCAGCUUUUACACGAGUUGUUCAGAAGUUUGCAAAAGAAAACAAUUUCGAAAUACACGAUGUAUAUGGAGACGAUACCUGUCUGUUCCGUGCAAUUGCUGAUCAAUUUGAGAUAAAUGGAUGCCCUGGACAUACAGAAUUAUCUUUACGUCAGACAGCUAUUGAUCAAUUGAAAGGAGAUCCCAAAAGGUAUGGAUUACAUCUUUCAUCCUCCCAUGUAGAAGAUACGUUGGAAGAAUAUUUACAAAAAAUGCAAAAAGCACCGAAAUGGGACAAUCAUCCUAUAUUACAGGCAUUGGCUGACGUUUUUGUCUUGGAAAUUUACGUUUUUUACUUCGUUGAUAGCCACAGCAAGCAAUCGGUAAUAACUUCUAAGACAAAUGCAACAGGACAGAAAUUUCACAUGUAUCUAGGUUGUAAUGAGGAAGCACAUUUUUUUAGCCUUCGUCCAUUGCAGUGGAUGACGGAAUUGCCUUAUAGGGCUCAGAUAUAUCGAAUGCUUGUGGUAUGCACAGAGAAAAAUUUUGAAGAAAGAAGACAACUUCUACAUAACAAGAUGGCUGUUGUUUCUCAAGGGCACUUUCCGAAAGAUCAUUUAGACAACUAUUUUAAGUACGUCUUGCAGCUUAUUCAGAACGAGACAAGUCAUCUACGAGUUACGAAUGAUACAAAUGUCGAGCGGAGCUAUAUCUUUAAAUCCUACAGUGGGAAAGAUCUAGAGCCUGAAGAAUCAGGAGAAAUUAGAAGAAAAUUGGUUGACGAUGGCGUUGAAGUUGAUAGCGUGUCAGGAAUACCUUUGCUUCACUUGAAUUUUAUCAUAAAACACAUAUUUCCAUAUAAUAUGUUUUAUGGAGUUCGAAUGAAACCCCCUUUGUUAAGAAUUGGUGAGAUUUAUUUUCAUCAUGUUUGCCAUUUUUCAAAUCCACAAAGCAUAACCCUGCGAGACAUAUCUCGCACACAGAAGAUGAUUAAAUUGCAAAUGAAAAGACAACUUAAAAUCUCUUACAUGAUUGUUGUUCUGACAAGAAACAAGAAAGCGAUAUACGACAAUGAUUUUGUUGCUGAUGAUGCCCAGGUCGAUCAUGUAUUUAUUGAUUCUUCAAAUACCCUCCCUGGAUAUUGUCGACUUAGACUCGCUUCAUCUCUAAAUUUUGCAGAUGAAAAUGUUGCACGGAUUGGUUCGAAUAUUUAUCAAAAAGCUUUUCAAAUUACUGAAACCUUGCGGUCACAAGUAGAUGCAGGACGCAGAAGAAAAGUUCAAUACAUUGGAGUGCCAUGCAAAUCUUUUCCAUUUGUUCGUCGUUGGGAGAAAAAUAAAAGAUCCGAUUUUCCCUCAGGUACCGUUAUUGACUCUAUCGUUAAAAACGGUUGUACUUUGAUACCUAAUCCCCAUCCGAAAAGUACACGUCCGGAUUUAGAAUGGCAAUUCAAUUUUUCAAUUGCAGAAACCUUGAUUUUUAAUAGUUUAACAGAUGGUCAGAUGUAUGGCUUUCUUGUCCUUAAUGUGCUGCUGGAGAAUAUGACCAAUCACCUACAUGUACCAUUUCAGACACAAUAUUUAGUUGCAGUGUUUUUCCUGGCUUGCGAAGAAUUGUCAUGUAGAGCCUGGGAUGUUAACUUUAGUGGAUGUUUUUUGUAUGUUCUAGGGUCAUUGCUGUCAUUUUUAAAGGCAAACUUUCUUCCUGAUUAUUUCAUACCAGAAAGGAAUCUUAUUGACUCUCACAGAAAAGAUGAUAUUGGCACAUUGUGUUGUAUUGUGGAAUAUAUUCGGUUGUUUCCUGCAUGUGCUGUUCAAAUUGUCGCAGAGAAAUACGGAUAUACAUAUGGGACUAAUCUGAUAAAGCGUAUAUUGUUGAAUAGGGAAUAUUUUCCUGAUAGAACAAAAUUUCCUGUAAUAUUUGAUGAAUCAUUUGGACCACUUACAAUCGCGACUGCAAAAAUAAUGGCAAAAAUGGGGUUUUACGGUGUAUCUAUUCAGAUAUUGGAAAACCGAUUUGAACAAAGCCUUUUGACUCCACAAUCGCUAUUAAGACAAUCAUCUUUCAAUUUUUGCGAUUUUUUUAUGUCGGCUCUAAUGGAAAUAAAACAACAGUCAUCCCGUGUCAAUUUAGCACGUAUAUUUGACCUGAAUAUGGGAUCAAAUAUAUCAGAUUUAGUUAUUGAAACAGGAACACGGUCACUGCAAGCUUAUUUGCCAUGGGCAGUUGAUGCAAGAAUAGGCUGCAUCAAAGUUCCACUCGACAAAACGGGAAAUUUGACUGAAAUAGCAAGUUUCUUAUAUGGAUACAGUAAGUCGGAAUAUUGGAAACGAAACGCAAUACUUGCCGAACUAGCUGUAACUACAUCAAUCAGAUGUAUACAAGAAACGCUGAAGGAAAAUAGUCUCAAUGUUGAAAGUAUCAGAGAUUUGGGAUUAGGCACAGAGGUCAAAGAUGAAAACCGAACCUUACAGAGAAAGCUUAUUCCUUUGUAUGUGCAUCUUUAUAGCGUUUCAUUGUUAGAUUAUGAGGUAUAUCCCUUGCUUUAUUAUUUGGAUGAUGUAGAGGACAUCUGCAACUUAUUUCCAGAAAUGGCUGGGGUGGUAUCUUCGAUGUUCAGCGAUGCAUUUAAACCAGAAAAAAGUUGGAAGUAUGCAAAAAUGAUGAAUGCUUACUUUCAUGAUAGAGACGCAGCUGCCUAAAGACUAAAGGAAUUUAAUUCUCAGUUCUCGUAGAAAGGCAUGACAAUGUACUGUAUAGAACAUGAUGUCAGAUUUAUAUUUUACAUCAUAAUGAAGCCUCUGGGAACACAAAAAAUGUCAAAUUCCGUUUACAUAGAUUCUGCAGUAUGUGUAAAUACAGCUGAUAACUUUUCAACUACUCGUUUAUCUCUGAAACAUUAACUUUGCAGAAUUAUAUGAUUUUUUUUUUCAAUCAAUAUUAUAUUUUCAAUGGUCUUGCAUUGUAGAUAGAUGUAACCCCUUUUCAUUUUAUAUUUUUAUAGUUGUUAAUCAUAAUAGUUUAGUAUGCCGAACGUUUUAAUUUGCUGAGCAAUAUAUAACCUGAUGCAGUAAAUAAAUCGGAAGCAACUAAAAUUGAAUUUGAAAAUGUAAUUUGUUUUUACUCAGUUUGAUAGUACAUAUAUGUGUCAUUUGAUUAAGCUAAGUUUGUGAUAUAUUCUCUUUUUGCAAAAAACAAGAGAAUAAUAUUUGAAAUAGAAGUACAUGUAAGUGCCACUUGAUUGAGCACAUUUUUAAUUCUUAAUGCUGAAAUUAACGAUAAUGACACGACCUCGAACGGACGUUGCUACAAAAAUUAGGUAGAAAAUGUUUUUAUUAAUUGAUUCAAUCAUUAAUUGAAAUUGUGUUUCAAUUUCGUGAAAAUGGUAUGAAGUUAUGAAUACAGCAAAUAUAAUCUCACUUCUAAAUAAAAAGUUUUACACAUUGAAUUGAAAAUUGAUUUUACAUGCACCUCUUCAAAUAUGUUUGUUGAUAUUAUUUUCAUAGUUUUUUAUCAAUAGGUUAUUUUUAGUUUCGUUUAAUGAAAUUAAUUACUCUGAAGUGCAUGGAACCUAAAAAUAAACAAAAAGAUAUAUAUUAAAAAAGAUAUUAUACAUAUUAACAUAUGUUAGUACAUUAUGUAUGAGCCUCUGCAAUGUUGUAUUUACAACACAACACUCAACAUCAAGUUAAAUGUACUGUAAACGUGGUAAUAUUGACGAGUUCAAAAUUUGACGAUUUUUUUAUAAGAGACAAUUGGCGAGUUUUAAUUUUGACGAAUUCUUUAAUAAGAGUAAGAGUUAUCUAUCUUUGAUUUCUUAUUAUGCCAGGGUUAGAGUUAUCUUUCUUGCGAACUCUUUUACACGCGUUGGUAUUAAUAAAAUUUAACUUUGAUUGAAAAAAGGGUCUGUACAGAUUUGAUGGAAUAAAAUUGUUCUUUGUGUUUUGUUUUUAUUCACUAUACGAUAUUGCCUAAGGUAAUAACGGCAUGGUAAUUACGCAAGCAAAGUUAUUAUAGAAUGGUGUGACGAUUGAGUGAUAACUGCAUUUAAAACAUGCUUGUUUAGAUUUUAUGGGUUUUUUCAAUGCUAAUUACGUGUUUUUAAAGCUAUUUACAUAAAUGAAUCAUUAACUUUGACCUAGUCCUAACGGGAUAAUGACGAUAAAAAUACUGGUAUUAAUAGGCUAUAUAUAUGAUGUGAAGUUUGGCGAGUGGAAAUUUUGACGAGAAAAUAAAAAUCGCCAACAUAGUCAAAAUUAACACAUC